CACAGAGGAGGCUCAUACAAGUCCACACAGCAGGACAACGUUUCGAAAGGAUUAAAUGCUCUGCGAGGACUGCAUGAUUCGUCAUGAUUGUCUACAGAAGGGAUCAAAUGCUCAUCUGUCUUCUUGUAAUUGUGAUGGCAAGAGCAGAGGUGAAGGAAAACCUCUCACCUGAGUGUAAACAGUUCCUGUACAUGGGCACGAUGCCUCGAGGUCUUGAGGCGCAACCUUUUAAAAAGAUUUGCCAGAUCUAUGCGGGCAGCCCAAGAUUUGUCACCCUGUACGACACCUUCAACCACAUCCCUGUUUACUCUGCGUACACCUUCAAGCGCUCGGACGGCUUAAAGAAGGUUGAUGUGCCUUGGAUGUAUGAACCACAGCUCUCCACAGUGUCUGAAUCCCGUGAGAUGCAGCCGUUCCCUUCAGAAAACGUCCACAGUAGUUUUGAGGAUGCUCAGGCCGUGCUUGACGACUACUCUAACACUGUCAUCUAUGAACGUGGUCAGCUGAAUCCAGACGAGCACCAGGCCCACCCUAAUGACAAAGCAUCCACCUACACACUGACAAACGUGGUCCCUCAGGUCAGAGAGUUCAACAUUGGUCCCUGGAAAAAUCACGAGCACAUCAUUCGCAGGCGGCUCAACAACUUCUGUCGUGGCACCGCCUAUGUAAUCACCGGGGUCACUACCUCGGGGCACACAAUCCGCCGCCACAACAUCAAUCGCCUGGGCAUCCCCACCUACCUCUGGUCGGCCUACUGCUGCGUUGAUUUUGACCACAAUGCACCGUACUCAGAGCGCUCUAAGUUUCCUGCGUUUGCAGCUCAUGGGCUCAACGACAGGGAGGAUAACAAGGUUCAAGAGAUGACGGUGCAACAGCUGGAGGACUUCCUGAAGAGGGUAACUUAUGUUGGCAGCUCUUUCCAGAUCUUCUAUGACAACUGUGUUCCUAAGGGUGCCCUGCAUCUGCCUUAAGAAAAUAGAGAUGGGUCCUACAUAUUUAGUAGAUAUAUACAUAUCCAUGUCAGUGCCAAUAACAUUCAACAUUUAGAAGCUGAUUAGAAGCAACUCAUUUUAGUCAAUAUUUAAUUUACUCUACAUUUUACAGUUUUCUGGGGUAAAUCAGACUUUUUGCUCAUGUCUCAAUUUUAAUUCCAUUAUCCAAUUUACAGAGUUCCAUGUAAUUGCUCUGUGGCCACUUGUUCGCAGAUUAAAAUUUUUGUCAUAUCACCAUUAUCCUGCUUUUCUUUAUAAUUGGACUGAUCUUUACUUAUUUACCGUUUACAGUAAAAUUAAAUAAUCUUAGUUAAAAGGUUGAUUUACUAGCUCUCCUGGGCUCCAUUUAUAUUAGAGGAUGUAGUUGAAAGCUCUUAUAAUCUACUAAGUGGAACUUUGACCUUAGAUUUUGUUACAUAAAGUAUACUGUGCCCCAAGGUCAAGAUUGAUUCACAAUGUUAACAUUUGAGUAAAAAUCCCCUUGUAACCUAAAUACAUCUUAACACUUCCACUAUUCAUUAUUAUUUAAAUUAUGUUGUAUUUGAUGGUGCAUUAAGACGUUUUUAUUGGGCAUAAACUAACCCUGAAAACCCUACAUGGUUGUACAAU